AAGGGCACCUUACUGGACUAUGCUUACAUCAAGGAGCAUGUUCCCAUGCUUGCUGCCCAUGUCUCUUGCUGUAAGUAUCCAGAGAAGGAAGAUGUCCCCAAGAUUGGAGAGAAAACUUAGAACCACUUCUGGGAUUCCUGAGCCAAGCAAGACAAGGUGUCCAUGCUGUGGUGAGAGACCAGGAGGGGAACCCUGUAUCAGGCGCCUGGAUGUUUACCGAGGGCGACCCACGGAAUGUGUCUGUGGACCCGGAGAAGGGCACCUUCAAGAUGCUGCCAUCAGGACAGCAUAGGCUGCGGGUAGAGGCACUGGGUUUCUCCAGUGAGACAAAGCAGGUUGAUGUAAAGGAUGGACAGACUGAGGAGCUGGACUUUGUCAUGGUGAGGGAGGAAACCCUGAGUUACCACGGGUAUGAAGACAUGCAGCAGAUGUUGACUGACCUGGCAAAGGAAUACCCCAAAAUAACAAAGUUUUACAGUAUUGGUGAGACGGUGAACUUCCGUCGCCUCUGGGUUCUCGAGAUCAGUAAGACCCCAGGCACCCACCGGCCGGGUCAGCCCGAGGUCAAGUUUGUUGGGAAUCUCCAUGGUAACGAGGUGGUGGGGCGUGAGCUGCUGCUGGCCUUCAUCGACCACCUGUGCAGCAGCUAUGGCUAUGAUGAUGAUGUCACCAAGCUGAUAGAUACGACCAGGAUCCACAUCCUCCCCAGUCUGAACCCAGAUGGUGCCACCUGCAGUACUGAGGGAACCUGUGAGGGGGACACGUGCAGGGGAAACUCCAACAAUGUAGACCUCAACACUAAUUUCCCAUCUGGUGGCAAAAAUGUGAGUUCUGCACCCUUGCAGCCAGAGACCCAGGCCAUCAUGGGCUGGAUGGCUGACCACCCGUUUGUCCUGUCUGUGUCCCUGUUCGCUGGACAUCUGGUGGCCACCUAUCCUUACGACCGUCCCUCCAAAUUAGGAUCUGACCAACCCAGCCUCACACCAGAUGAUGAUGUCUUCCAAAACCUUGCUGCUGCAUAUGCAAACAGACAUCCCACAAUGCAUCUGGGAUCCAGUUCACCUUGUCCAGGUGAAGCAUUUCCUGAUGGCAUUACUAAUGGGGCAAAGAUGGAUUCCCAUCAAGGCAGUAUGCAAGACUACAACUACAAUGCCCAGAGCUGUAUGGAGAUUGCAGUGUGGGUGAGCUGCUGUAAGUACCCCUUCUCUAGUGAGCUGGACCAGCUGUGGAGAGACAACAGGGAGUCACUCAUGGACAUGCUCAGACAGGUGCACACAGGUGUGAAAGGCUUUGUUCGCACCAAGGAUGGGACUGCUGUCCCCGGGGCUUCCAUAACUGUGGGUGGGCGGGGCUCAGUGGUUGUCACGGCAACAGAUGGAGACUACUGGAGGCUGCUGGCACCAGGAGAGUAUGUCAUAAGGGCAGACAUGGAGGGAUAUGAGCAGGGUGAAAGAAAGGUGAUAGUUACAGAAGGAGAUGCAAAGGAGGUUGAUUUUGUCCUCAGUAAGAAGUACCAAAUCUUUGGUAUGUCUCCUAUCAUCAUCAUCAUAGCCACAGCUGUAAGUAUGGCUGCCAUCGUAUGCACAGCUGUUGUCAUCUGCAGAAUGUGUCGGACACCUGCUUACAGCUACAGCAAGCUGGGUACAUCGGAGUAUGGAGACUCCAUUCUCAUGAACAGACUCAAGAAAGACGCCUCCCAAAAAUCCCUGCUGAAAGACAAUGAAUACCACGACGAUUUAAGUGGUAGUGAAGACGAUACAAUUUAUUGGAAAAGGUAAUAUUAGGUUUGAAUUGUGUAAUGUUGCACAAAUGUCUUAGUUCUUAAAAGAGCUAAACUUUAACUUGUAAAGCCUUAAAAAAUGCUUAACAUACCCCCAAAGUCAAGUUCUCACUUGUUUUACAUAUUAUAAGUCUGCCAUAAUUAAGGGUUGAGCUACUCCCUGUCAGAAAUUCACGACAUGCUGACAGCUACUCAACUGACUAGCUAUUGAGUCAGGUGGCAGCAAUAUUGUCUCGAUCAGUUCUGAUUAAUUAUUUAAUAAUGAAUCAGAACUUGUAUAUGAAUAGGCCUUUUCGAGCUCAGGCUUACCUGAGGAUGAAUUUAAGGAAUUUCCAGACGAAUGAGGGGGAAUCAACAACUGAAGUUAGCAGGCAUUUCCAGGUAAUGGUCAAUUUGAGAUGGUAUGCAAGCUAGGGAAAGCCAGCUCAAAAAUCACCAUUCAUAAAUAUCAGAUUGAACUGAUUAGGACAUGGUGCCUCUUGACAGCUUCAAUCGGUUAUAUUAGUCUAUAGUUAGGUGGCAGCACAGCGUGAGUUUCAGACAGUGGGAUUCUGAGCAUUGGCUAUAUCGUGGGGUUUUCAAAUUUAAGUUUAGUUUUCCUUUAAAGCUUCAUGCAAUUCACAGUGAAAUGUAUAUCAUGAUCAGAACUGCAAUGAUGAUUGAGCUGUAUUGUUUUGACAAAUAUAAGACGGUAACAAAAUGGAUCUUGAUAUGGUCCAAAGUCAUUUGUAUAUUAUUUGAAUCCAUAUAAUGAGUAAACAUGUGAAAUGCAAUUUUAUUCAUCCAAGUUUUUAAUUGAUAAAGUAAGGCUCUUUCCAACACAAGAAUGUGAUAUAAAUAUUAAGUUCAUAACUAUAUCAGUUGCUUGUGAGUUGUGUUGCUUAUCAAGCCUAGCAAGGAGUGUUCUGGCAGUGCCAGCCUGGUCAUAGGCUAUACCAGUUACCAAUAAGGGUGUGCAUGUCUGUGUUUCUGGACAUUUGUGAUAAGCUAAGGACCUUUGGAUCAUACAUAACAAAUGCAAUCAAAAAUGGGGCUAAAUAUGGGUCUAUGCGGUCAACGAACUCUUAUCUUAAAGUUUAUUGCUGCAUUUUGUUGUGUUUUUGUUUUUUGAAUAUUUUAAGCAGGUGGACACUAUAUUAUGUUUUGCCAUACUUAUUUUUGGCACAUGUAUGUAUACAACAAAAGGCAGCAUGCACAUUUAACAAAAGAUAAUUCCUUAAAGAUUGGCCAAUGUGUUUAUAUAGUCGGAACAUUGUUGCAUAAGGGCUCAUUUUGUGUAAAUGGUUGCCAUGGUAACAUAUGACUUGUUAGAAUAUGCAAAAUGCUAAUCACCAGCCUUUACGACUUGAUAUGGUGCAAAUUACAGGUGACAAGACUGCUUCUUUUAGUUUCCCAAACGUAUAAAGUCAUUUUACAAAAGUGACAAGAUUAGCCCAGAGAUGUAUCCUAUGUGCAUAACGCUAGUUCAUCUUUAUCUGCAGGGUAACCUGUAUCCGUUGCUUUUGCAAAACGAGUAGUUAGGGGUAUCAGGUCGCCAGACGAUAGUCUCAAACUACAAAAGUUUGAACAUUUUACAACUUGAAACUACCGUCUGUCGACUUGAGAUCUCUUAUUACCGUACCCUGUGGAAAAAGGUGAACUAGCAUUAGAUGAAAAGAGACCAAUCAGUGACAUUCCUUGACAAUUAUAAAGUGUAUUCUCAUUGAAAUCUUUAAUCAAGAAAUAUUGAUAAACAGAUUAUUAUAUAAUUGUAAGAAAUAGACAUGCUAUAUCCGUUUACAAAUUUAAGUGCUUACAAACAAGCUGUUAACCAGUACUCUGGUCCUUCCUGACUGGAAGUGUGACAUCAGCAAUGGGUCAAGGUGACCAGUAGUCCGUAUCAGCCUCCGUCUCGGUUGGUUGAUAGUCCCUAAUGUAAAUGGCUUUUUUCACUCGUCGUAGGAAAUAAUAUUGUCCAGUGUCGAUGUGGUAAGAGCUCGUGUGCCGAUAUGGCAUGCAAAUUUCUUAGUGUUGAUUACGAUCACAGAUGAACGUUCAUAUAAGAUAGAUACUAUUAGAUGGAUACUAGACAUAUCCUUGAGGUACACAAUGUUGUACGCCUGCAUUGUAGCUGCGAGAUACAGAGUAGAUAUUAUUUCAUACAGUUGGAGAACCCUUUAGAAAGUGUUGCUUCAGAACGAUGUAAUAUGUAUAUUUUGGUAGAAAGUAUAACUUUCAAAAUAUAAGACUCAGACAGAAAUGAA